AUAGCCGUAGCACUUACGGAGUGUGGCGGGGAGGCGGUGGUGAGGCUAGUUACCAUGGAGUUGGCGCUGAGGUAGUGGGACGCCGAGGCUGGAGGGAAAGCAACUGCGGGGGUAUUUCCAUUUUAACAGAAAACAAUCCCUGAACCCAAAGGAAUGAAUCCCUAAUGGUGGAGUUUCAGGCAUUGGUGACAGGCUGAACCCGGACUCCCAGGGCCAGUGCUUACACCUGACAAAUGAUGGCCUGAGCUAUGAGCAGACAGGACUAUAUGAACACUUCGGUGCAAGAGCCCCCUCUUGACUACUCCUUCCGAAGCAUCCACGUGAUCCAAGACCUGUUGAGCGAGGAGCCACGGACAGGGCUACGACCACUAAGGCACUCAAAGUCAGGGAAGUCACUGACCCAGUCCCUGUGGCUGAACAACAAUGUCCUCAAUGACCUGAGAGACUUUAGCCAUGUGGUUUCACUGCUUCUGGAGCAUCCAGAGAACCUGGCCUGGAUCGACCUGUCCUUCAACGACCUGACUUCCAUCGACCCUGUCCUGACAACUUUCUUCAACCUCAGUGUACUCUAUCUCCACGGCAACAGCAUCCAGCGCCUGGGAGAGGUGAACAAGCUGGCUGUCCUCCCACGGCUCCGGAGCCUGACACUCCACGGGAAUCCCAUAGAGGAAGAGAAGGGGUAUAGCAGACCGUGGACUCUUAGUGAAUGUCCCAUUAUUUGGGAAUGUCUCAGCAGGAGCCUCCAGCCCAGGUAAGCAGGGCUCUUGAGUGUGGGGACUAUGUCCCCUGCCAUCGCACUGGCCUUCCUGCCCCUGGUGGUGACAUUGCUGGUGCGGUACCGGCACUACUUCCGACUGCUGGUGCGUAUGGUCUUGCUGCGGAGCCUCCGAGAUUGCCUUUCAGGGCUGCGGAUUGAGGAGCGGGCCUUCAGCUAUGUGCUCACCCAUGCCCUGCCUGGGGACCCCAGUCACAUCCUCACCACCCUGGACCAUUGGAGCAGCCACUGCGAGUACCUGGGCCACAUGGGGCCUGUCAAAGGUCAGAUCCUGAUGCGGCUGGUGGAGGAAAGGGCCCCUGCUUCCGUGCUAGAGCUGGGCACCCACUGCGGGUACUCCACAUUGCUUAUUGCCCGUGCCCUACCACCCGGGGGCCGCCUUCUCACCGUGGAGUGGGACCCACGCAUGGCAGCAGUGGCUGAAAAACUCAUCCGCCUGGCUGGCUUCGACGAGCGCACGGUGGAGCUCAUUGUGAGUAGCUCAGAGGAGGUGAUCCCGUGCCUACGAACCCAGUACCAGCUGAACCGGGCAGACAUGGUGCUCCUGGCACACCGGCCCCGAUGUUACCUGCGGGACCUGCAGCUGCUGGAGGCCCAUGCCCUGCUGCCAGCUGGUGCCACUGUGUUGGCUGACCACGUGCUCUUCCCGGGUGCACCUCGCUUCCUGCAGUAUGCCAAGAGCUGUGGCCGCUACCGCUGCCGCCUCCACCACACUGGCCUCCCAGACUUCCCUGCUAUAAAGGACGGCAUAGCCCAGCUCACCUAUACAGGGCCUGGCUAAGGUCUGGGCCCAGGGGUACUUACUGCUGCCCCUCCACCCCCACCCAAGCAAGGACCGCAGAACAUCCCCUACCCUCCCCGCUUGUGGCCUGACACGUGCUGGGCUCAGGGUGGUGGGAGGUUGUCCUCCCACCUGUGGCCUCCCAUUCUGUUCCACACUGAUUCAGGCAUCAAGUUCUGUCAGAUUGCUUGGUCUCACUGGCCCCUUUCCUUCCAGAGCAAGUCACAGAUUAAGAGGCAAGAGUCCUAAGCUCCCAACCCAACUCUAUCACUGAUUUUCUGGGUGAUUCCAAAGGACUCCCUGUGUUGCUCUGAGAUUUAAUCUGCUUUCUUAACACCAAGGAUGCUGGCUGGAAGAGUUCCAGGGGCCUUCCAGCUCUGGGCCUCAGAAAGCCAGCCCUCCCCAGCCCAUGCAGUUCCAGGUGGGGUCAGAGGAAACAGAGAGGCUCUGAAGGAAUGGAUGAAUAUAAUCUGGGCCAGAGAAAAUGGUAAUGGAGCCUGGGGCCAGGGCCACCCUGGCCUUCCUUAGCCCUGGACCACAUGCUCAAGUAGGCUUGCCUGAAGU